UGAUCAUUUUGAGUUCCAUUGAAACAAACAAACGCUGAACCAGAAGAAGACAAAAUUCAACUUUAAAUGUUCAUUGAUUGUAAUUAACUGAUUCCAAUUAAUUAUUUUUACAGUUGCUUCAUCUCUCUGGCCAAUUAAUGAUUAACCUUUAAUUUUGCGUUUUCUUAUAAUCGUUGGUGAUUAAUCACUGGUAAUUUGGGUUGAUCACCUUGGUGUUUGAAAGGAGGAAGAGGCGUUUAUAUUUCUAUACCAGAACGUGUUAAUUUCUUCGGUAACCUCUUUACUAAUCAAAGAAAAAAUCUAUUUACAUUAACAAAUAUUGAAUUAGAUAAUCUUUGUUUCAUCCCAAUACGUCAACAAUAAGGUUCAUCGCCAUCAUCAUCAUCAUCAGCUUAUCAUCGUUACCAACGGUUCUUUCAUGUUACUCAGCCUUCCAAUUUCGUUGCUGCAAUAACAACCUCCAAUUUCAUCAUCACCAUUGGAAAUUCAAGUUGAUUAUCCUUAAAUCAUUCAACAUUCCUUCACCUUUACUACCAAUCAGACUAUUACACAGUUUGUCUGAUCUCUUUAUCCUCUAGUUCACAAUUAAGAAUUUCCUUUGUUCUAAACAAAAUCCAUUCCAAUUUAUUGGCUCAAAAAGAGUAUCGGAUUAAAAAGCUCAACCUUAUUCUUCGUAUGAUCACUCAAAUCUUCUAGAGAGAAAACAAAAAUCUCGAAAUAAUAUCAUGGAACUUGAUGAAAUAUCUUCCUUGCAAUUGGAGUUCCAAUGGCUACUCAAUGAAGAAGUCAAUGUUAUCCUCGAACAGCUGAAGCAGUUAAUCAUUGAAUGUUCUCGAAGGUUCACUGAUGAUGUAGAAGGAUUUCCUUCUCUAAUUAAGACUGAAAAGUUUGCUUUGAUGAGCACCAACGCCUCUCAUGCUGAUAAAUUGAAAAUUUUUGCUACCAUCAUGGCCGAUGAUAUAACUGCAGCGGACAUUAACAUUCGUUUGCCUAAACAUACAGCGUCUAGUCUAAGAUUUUUCAUCCAAAAUGAUUGUCAAUGGAAACUACACCAAAUCCAAGAUGCGGCCAAUCAUCUUGCUGCUGCUCUAUCACUUCUAUCAUCAUCUCCUCCACCUCUUAGGUACAUUGAGUCUGAAAACAAGUUCGACUUUCAUUCAGCUGAAGAGGUUAUUCAGAUGAUAAACACUAUUAUGAGCUAUCUACAUAAAGGGAGAAACUCCUUGAUUGUUCCUAAAACCAAGACAAUUGACGAAUUAAGGAACAGUCGUAAUAUGAAAUCAUUUCAACCUUCCAUUCCAAACGAUCUGGCUAUUAGUUUUUACAUUCAAUCCCACAAACUAGUCUGUGCAAUUUAUCAUCAACUUAAAGAUGCUCAUGGAAAUUUGAAGUUGGACAUGUACCAGGCUGAAACUUCAAUUCCAUGGUUAAGUGAAGUUCUUGUUUUAUUCACUGUUGCUCUUCAAUUUUGUCAACAACUUAAGGACAAAGUCUCAGUUUUUGCACAAUACAAGGAAAUGCAAAUCAAAGCCAUCCCAUGACUUUUACAAUCGAAUUUAUUUUUUGUUCUUUUUUUCAAGUUUUACCGAGUUUCAUCUGACUCACCUUUUUUUUCAUUAUCUACAAAUCUGUAGUUUCCAUUGUUUGUUUUUCGCUUCUUCUUCUCUAUUUCUCAAAAAAAAACUGUAGCCUCGAAUAUUUAAUAGUCGCCUAUCACUUAGUUCUAUUUGAAAUAUUAAUCUAGAAUUCUAAGCAAAAGGAGGAAAAACAAUCUCAAAGUUGUUACAUGUUUAAAAUCAUAAUCGUCAAAAAAUAUGAAUAUGAUUUAAACUAUUUGAUUGGUAUACUAAUGAGAUUCAGAGUAAUUGAAUGAACUUUUUUUUGUUGUUUUUCUGGUGUCACAAUUUAUGACGUUAAAUAAAAAUGCACCAGAAAAACUUUGUGAAUUAUGAAAAAAAAAUAUCUAAUAACUUAUUGCAAUAAUUUAAAAAUAGUAGUGUAACUUGUUUCAAACCAAACGAAUGAGAAAAUUAUUUGAAUUGAAUUAAAUCUGAUUACAAUUUAAACGAAA